UAACUCAGGCAGGGUGUGAAAAUCAGGCUUGGUGGUGAGCUUAAUUACAGACAGAAGUGCUGACAGGUCCCAGACAAGCACAAACAUUUGAACCAGAGACAGAAGUGCACAGCUGUAUGCUAAAGAGGGAAAUGAAACUAAUGGGUCAGGAAAAGAUUUCAGAGCCAAUGGAAGGUUCAAGAUAGACCUUUUUCACAUGACGAAGACGCUGUAAAAACAAAACAAAAGAGUUGUUGUGAUUUAAGGGUGGAGGCACGAAAACCCUCCUAUUCUAGUUACUUGCAUUGAUAUUUAUUGCUGUUCCUGCUGGACCUGUUUCCUUCUCGCUCAGCCUGUAAACAACAAAAGUGCUGCAACACCCCCCGGGGCCAAAUAUCACAAAUACCACAUCCUUUACUUCUUUGGGUGACAAGUUGGGCAGGUUUGCUGAGCAUCUUUGAACAAAAAAAAAAACCAAAAGGAUUUUAUUUUGAAACGAAAGGUGCAACAAUGCUCAUCCUAUAUGUGCAUGUUAUUUAUAUUUGUUCUUUUUCUUAUCACUGCUCUAGUCAUUUUUUCCUGAAUGAAAAGUGAGGCCAUAAAGCAAUGUUUGGUCAGUGUCGGGAAGAAGAAAGGUGAGGUGAUAAGAAAUGCAAACACGCCUGUGGGUGUGUCCAAGCUGUCAUUCUUAAGCCCUUUCUGCUCUCACACCUGAAGCACAACAAGUGUCGCUAAGUCACUCUAACUUCUGCCUCUUCUGUGCGUCUCACCUUUGGACUGUAAUCGCUUUUCAGGACUUUAACCUGUAAUUUCCUGUUCCAUUUUUGCUGCAAACAAGAAUUCAAGAAGCUUCUUAUGUCUUAACUUGACGGAUUCAUCUGGGAAUAUCUCUUGACAUCUGAAAGUGGAUUAUCUCGGUUGAAGUUGGUGACUCUGAGACACCACGGCUUUCUGAGUGGAAGAACAUUUUUGGCCGAGAUGAUGGAAGAGAUGGCCAUGGUGACGGCCUGUGAUGCACGCGCCAUUGAAGAGAUGAGCGAGGAGGAGAUCCUUGCAUGUCUGGUGGCUGAAACAGAACCAACAUUCACAGUGCCAUCAAAGAAAGCUAAACUAAAAGGAAGUCAGCUUCAGUUCAUGGAUAAAGACCCGCUAGACACAUAUGUGGAGGAAAAUCGUCGGCUUCAGCAGACCAGCCUCCGCCUGGAGCAGGAGAACGAUAACCUUGCUCACACACUGAUCACCAGCAAGGUUCUUCUGAGAAACGCUCUGGAUAAGGCAGAAGACAGGGUGGAUGAACUAACAAAAGACCUUCUGCUGACCAGACAUCGACUGAAGAUCACAGAAGAUGAGAAAAGAGGGAAAGAAGAGGAAGCCGCCAUGAUGAAGGAAGUAUUACGGAGAGAACUGGAAAAGGCUGAGCAGGAAAUCAAAAGGUCUUCUGGUAUUAUUGCUGACUACAAACAGAUCUGCUCUCAGCUGACGUUGCGCCUGGAGAAGCAGCAGGCCGCAUUCACAGACCAACUCAACACAAUCAUUAGUGCAAUCAAGGAUUGCCCCCACUGUCAACACACAGCUGGGUCAGCUUUGGAAAGUCAUAACUCUAAAGCAGAGGAGCAGACCGGUGUCCAACAGAAAACUGAAGAAGUCAGAGAGGAGCCUGAUCCAACUUACACACCAGUUGAUCAGCGGAGGCAGGAGGACCAGGAGAAGGAGUCCCUCAGGGCUCAGAUCACAAACCUACAAAAAGAGCUGGCACAGACCAAACUGCAAAUGGUGGAGGCCAACUGCAGGAUUCAGGAGCUGGAGCACCAGAAGGGAGUUCUGUCCAACAACCUUCAGGAAGCCAAAAACAGCUGGAUCAAUAAGGCCUUCAUGUCCCUGCGAACAUCCGGCAGUGGACUUCCCAGCAUUUCCCCAAACAAAGAUGGAGGCCCAGCUUUAACCCUGCACAAUGGCUCACUGUCUGAACUAUCUGGAUGGACCCCAAAAAAACUGUCAUGGUCUCACAGAAACAACCGAGCACACGUCUGACAGCUGGACACCAAAGGACUACUAAAGUGCAUUGACACGUUUAUUUUAUUUCAACUGUGUCUGCUUCCAGCGUGCAGCAGAUGGGGCUGAGGAGCAUAAAACCCACUAAGGAGAGUACCUGAAAGUACACAGGGAGGGGCUUACAUGUAUGUUUACCUUUUUCAAACCACUGCUCUGCCUGUCCAUGUAUUUUUUUAAUGUAAAUUCCAGUCACCAACAUUUUUUUGUGUAUAAAACUGAAACAAAAUAAAGUCAAAAUCACACCAGCUUGUGUUUUG